CCGGGUUGUGACAUGCAACCUGGGCGUUUUUGGGGCCCGUGAUAACCUCCAAAACAAGCUUUGGCUGCGCUUUGUUGUUUCUCAUCUCCAUCACCCGUCGCAGAUUUUUUUGUCGACUGUAUUUUUUAGGCGUAUUUUUGGCGAAUCUGUUGCUCCAUCUCACGACAUUAAUUAUUUGCACAAUCAACCCUUUGCUCUACGACAUUGCCCGACUUCGUCAUCGCGAGCUGACGAAGACGGCCAACGCAGCUUGCCGAGACAUCCAGAGACACAGACACAUCAGACGACGACAUGUCGACUAAGAGUCAGCGUUCGUCGACAAAUCGACACAGGUCCACACUGUCGCUGCAAAAGACGGAAAUCGUCAUUAAUGUCUACGAUCUUCUCCAGCCGUCGCGAAUGACAUCCGCGUUAUGGACCGUCGGAUCCUCGCUAUUACACUCGGGAGUCGUCAUCAACGGCAAGGAAUACGCCUACGGAGGCCAUGAUAAGCGCGGCCUGACGGGCGUCUACUGGACAAAGCCCAAGACGGAACCCCCGGGCGGCCGGUUCACCUACGAGAUCCUGCACGGCUUCACCCUCGCCACGCCCGACGAAAUCGAAGCCACGCUACAGCUGGCGUCCAACGAAUUUCUCGGACCUUCUUAUAAUCUUCUGACAAAGAACUGUAACCACUUUACCUCGUUUCUCUGCGAGAAGCUGACAGGAACCCCUGCACCAGCUUGGCUGAACCGUGCCGCGAGAAUAGGCAUCAUGUUCCCUUGCCUAGUGCCCAAGGCGUGGAUCGAAGCUCCUGAGUAUGACGAUGUGGAGGGCGAGCUACUUGAGGACGAAGAGAGCGCGGCAAAUGAGCGCUCAAGAAUGCUGACGUAGAGUUGCCACAAGCCAAAGCCACCCACACUAAGGAGAAGAAGGAAGAACGAUACCCGAUACCGCGUUGCGUUUACUGUAUUUUGUCAUUGGAUUUUGUACGGCGCCACUGAUUUUGUUGCAUUUGAAUUGGUUUGGAUCUGUUUACUAGAUAUACGCUCACACAUUUUUGUUGUUACGGCGUGGCUCAGUCACAAAGCUAGCUCGUCUCAGUCAUUCGAAAAUCUUGUCAAUGAAAUAUGAAAUAUGUAUUGUACAAUUGAUAUCUUGCCUCGUCUUCGACCCUUUUUAAUACAAAAUGCGCCCAAGAAAAAUGAUGAUUGCUAAUUUACAGACGUCUGGGCUUCUUGCUCCUUGUUCCGGCAAACUUGAUGCGCGUCGAGUCCGUCACGCGCACAAUCUUGUCGCGCAGCACCUUGCCUUCAGGGCUCAACAGCACCUUCAUGGCCGCCUCACGGCCCUGGCCGAAGCCGCGCAUGACAAGCUCCAGCUUCUUCAUCUUCAUGGGCCAGCCAUUGUGCACGAGACGCUCCAGGACGUACUUGCCCAGCGAGUAGGCAGCGUCAAAGGUGCCGCGACGGGCAUUCUUGAAGCCAAUGUUGCCGCAGGACAGCGAGAUGAUGGCCUCGCGGUUGGGCUUUGUGCAGGAGAUGUGCGUGUUGUGCUUGUGCGAGUAGAUGUGCAGAUGGUACGGCUCGUGGUCUUCCGUCUUCUUGCUGGGCUUGCUGCCGUCGUUGCGAAGCAUGCUGGUGUCGACGGCGCUGGAUUUCGAGAGGGCCUGGAAGACGGCACUUUUGCUGAGGUCCUCAAGUGAUGAAGGGGGCUCCUUGGCUGCCAUUGGGCUGUAGAUGCUCUCGAGGAAGGAUUCCGAGUUGGAUGUCUUCUUUUCUUCGCAUCGUGUCGGUGUCGAGGAGAUGUGGCGGACGACGAUGGGAGUUGUCGCGGUGCAGGUUCGGCGGGAUAUCGACUGCGCCAUCAGGCGAGUCGUUAAUGAGCGACUCAUUUUUUAUUUGUGGUUGGGUUUUAAUGCAGCAAUUAAAAAUGCUGGAGAGAGGCUGUUUUGCUAGUAGUGGUGUUUUCGCCCCGUGCCGUAGCAGCAAACCCCGAAAGGGGAUUUUUUUUAAGCCGCCGCAGUUUUGCCGCGCUCUCAGGUACAACCGGCACCCGAGAAGCCCAUAAAAUUCCUUUUCCUUCCACCACGCUUUUCAAGGUCAGGCA